GGCAGCUGGCCGCGGAACAGCUCCUCCCUCCCGGUGCACGGCUCCGGACCUCAACACUUUCUCCCAACACCACUUUUCCCGCACACCUCCGCACGCACGCGCCUCCGCACGCACGUGCCUCUGCACGCACGUCUGCGCGUCCACGCUACCCAGGGCACGAGGGGUCGGAUCCGGGUUCCCAGCCUCUGUCACCCUUCCAGAUCUCAGUCCGCGAUGGAGACCUGGUCCGGCUCGCGCCCGUGCGCGCGCGCGUGUCUGGGUCUGUUUCUGCUGGUGGCCGCGCACUGCCCGCCACACGCACGCGCGGAGAUAAGUUGCGCAUCCUGCCGGUCGCCGGUUCGACUCCACCGGGGGGAGUUCCCGCCCGGGGUGCGCGCGGACUUUGGAGAACUGGGAGCUGAGGACGCCCGUCCGCGCACCCCGGAAGUGCCCCCCCACCCCGAGCACGCGCCCCCCAGGGCCAGGAGGAGCGCGAGCACGCGCCCGGAGGAGCCCAGGCUCAGCAGCAGCACGUUCGCGCUCGCGGGGGACUCCGCGCACAACCACGCGGUGGUUUACUGGUCCGGACGCAACAGCAGCGUAAGUCCACCGACCCCCCCCCCCCCCCCCCCCCCCCCCCCCCCCCCCUUCCCUGGGUUCACGUGCGCCAAACCUGCCGCUACACGCGGUAAACUCCGUGCUGCGUGCGUUGUGCCGCGUGCGAUAAAAGCUGAGUCUGAGCUGGGGUCAGCCGGACCGGUUAAGGCCAUCAGCAGCCCGGUAAUCAAACGGGAGCCUGAUGAGACCAUCAGCAGCUGGAUGUGA